AACAAAUUUUUCUACCAAUGCCAAUAAUGGCCGGAACCGCAAGUCCUUGGCGGAGAGAGGCCGUGUUCUUGACGGCAAUGCUGGUGGUCGAAACCAGCGUCGUCGGAAUAAGUACUUUGUUUAAAUUUGCAACUUCAAAGGGACUCAACAUUUAUCCUUUCCUCGGCUAUUCUUAUCUUCUUGCUUCUCUUCUUCUUCUUCCUUCUCUUUUCUUCACUAACAGGUUUCUAAUAUCUUUAAUCUUUACAAGACCAUUUUUCUUCUUCUUUGUCAAAAUCUCUUAAAACCAUUUAUAACAAUUCUUUUGUAUUGAUUUGUAUGUUUUUGUUUUACAGGUCAAGUUCACUUCCUCCACUAAGUGUCUCAAUACUUUCAAAAAUUGGACUUCUUGGAUUUCUAGGAACAGAUCAAUGUAUGUGAUCACAGGAUACAUAGGCAUCGAAUACAGCAGCCCAACCUUAGCCUCCGCCAUAAACAAUAUCACUCCUGCUCUUACCUUCAUCCUCGCCAUUAUCUUCAGGUUUUUGUUUUCUUUGACUAAUUAUUAAGUUUUUGCUGAUUUCAAUUUUAGUUUUUCGGAUUAUUCUAGUCAACAAGUCGAAAUUGUAACCAUUCCAUUUCCGGCUAAUUUAAUUUUAAUAAUUAUAAUAGUUUUUUAUGUUAACCGAAAUUAAUUAAACUCAAAAGAACUAAUCCCGAAAGAUAUUGUUUACAUAUGUGAUGAAGCCGUUCGCUAUGAAUUUUUCGUGCAUUAUAAUAAAGUUCUUUAGAAUAAUUACUUCAAAGUUCCCCUAUAAUUUUUUCAAUUCGACUAUUUUUUUUUCCAUAAAUCAUGUUAGUUUUCACUUCACUAUAUUCAACACUAUAGUUUGCUAACCAAUUCUUUACCACUAGCCGCCUUACCCCUAUCCCACAACUGUCUCAUACUCUUAUCAGUAACUAGAAUGGAAAAAGUAUCUUUCAAAGAGAGGAGUAGUCUAGCCAAAUUGAUGGGGACGAUAUUGUCACUGAUAGGUGCACUUGUGGUGAUUUUCUACCACGGUCCACGUGUCUUCCUCGCAUCUUCUCCGCCCUAUGUAAACUUCCGUCAGUUUUCUCCACCGUUGUCAUCUUCAAACUCCGAUUGGCUCAUCGGUGGAGCUCUUCUAACCAUGCAAGGCAUAUUCGUUUCUGUUUCUUUCAUUCUUCAGGCACAUAUAAUGAGUGUAUAUCCAGCAGCAUUCAGAGUCUCCUUUCUUUACACUGUAUGUGUUUCAAUCGUGACCUCGACGAUUGGACUAGUAGUUGAAAAGAACAACCCAAGCGUUUGGAUCAUUCAUUUCGAUAUUACUUUGAUUACAAUUGUUACCAUGGCAAUAGUAACUUCAGUAUACUAUGUGAUUCAUUCAUGGACAGUACGACAUAAAGGACCUCUGUACUUAGCCAUAUUUAAACCUUUGUCCAUUUUAAUAGCAGUGGUUAUGGGGGCCAUUUUUCUCAAUGAUUCUCUCUAUCUCGGAUGUUUGAUCGGAGGAAUUUUGAUAACAUUAGGCUUUUACGCUGUGAUGUGGGGCAAAGCAAACGAAGAGAAGGAUCAGUUAUCAUUUUCAGAAAAAGAGAAAACGCCUCUUCUAUUAAACCGCAAAAACGACCAAGUUUAAAAAGAAAAAGAAUAUAGACAAUAAAACUACUAAUAGUUAACAAAUACUGUUAUUAAUACCAUAUUUAUAAAAUUGUCUUAUGUCUCUAUGAACCUAGGAGUUGGAAAAAAAUGUGUGUAU